GCUGGACAAGGGGUCUGAUAGGAUUCCUCCCCCUCCAUGGCCAUGCUUGCUUGCAUGGAAGCUCUUGUGAAGCUCUCUCUUCUCAAUGCAAAGAGAACCCAUUGUGUCUCGCAAGGGAAGAUUCAGAAACCAUGUAAUAAAGGGGACCUCUCAUCCCUCCUUCUGUCAUCCCUUUUCCCCUCACACUCUGAUCACCAUUCCCCAUCAUCACCACACGGGCUUUUUAUCUAGAGAGGGUCCACGCACAGAGCUGUCUAUUCUCGUCCCCGUCAUCGAACAAAAAGCUCCGAGCGGAAUCAACAGAACCACAACCCCAUUCUACCUAUACUUACACACAUAAACAUUGGUGAUGUCCUCGCUUGGGUGCAGUCGCCCGGAGCAUCAUUGACCAUCCGCACAAACACCCCACACGAACACACCCCUCCUUCUGGUCCACGCCCCUCUUCCGCCCACCUUACCCGUCACACUGGCACCACCGGAGACCGGCGCCGGCGUACACUAUCGCGGCACCAUCUUUUAUCCACACUUCUCUCAACUUCUUUCCCCAAGCUCAGCUCAGCUACGACACUCGGAUCUAGAAGGGGGAAGGGCAAGCAGAAGAGUCGAGACCCCGGGGCGGGGCGUAAACGGACUACGACUUGGAGACUAGGACUGCAUGUUGUUCAAAGUCCCGCUGUCAACAAACAAAACGCCCAGUUCUCUUGCUGCCCGCAACGUCAACAUAAGAAGACAUGGCACCUGCCAUCUCCGACAUACUCAGACGAGAAGAAGCAAGAAUACAAACAACAUUUCAAGCAACAACGACAACAAUAGCAACAGCAACACCUCCAUCACACACAUCACCAGCACAGACAACAUCACCAACAUCACCAACAACACCAACGCCAACACCAAUAGACGCAAGCAACGGCAUCGGCGGCACACCGGGAAACAUUGAAUCCCCCUCCUCCGCCGGAACAACAACGGUCCUCAUCAUCGUCAUCCUCUGCUGCGCAUCCGCCAUCAUGUCGGCGACGUUAUUCUACAUCUUUGACCGCAAAAAGAACGCCCAGUUCCGCGAGGCGUGUAAGCGGGACCCCUACCUCACGCGGAAAGAAUUCGCCCGCCGGCGCAAGCUCAGCGCCCUGGAGAGGCUCGAGGAAGAGGAGCUGCAGCGGAGCAUCAUGAUUCGCAAGUCGCUUGCGAGUCGUGGGCCGUCGAGGAGUAAUAGCUGCGAGGACGUGUUUGAUCUCUCUUCGAUGCAGGAGCAGCAUCACCGCCGCCACCACCACCACCACCAGAUGACGAAUAUGGAUAUGCCGGAGCCCCCGCGGGGCAGGCAGCAGAUGAGGGAGCAUCAGGAGGAGUUACACCAUGGGCGACAAAUAUCUGGGGAGUGGGCGCCUAGUGAGGGGAGGAGCAGGUCCGGGUCCGAGACUUCGAGUUCGGCUUCGUCUGCGCGGCGGGCUUAUACUGGGCCGGGGUGUUCCGGUGUGGAUGCCGAGGGGACCGGUGUCCCGUUGACGCCGGAGUCGAGUGGGUCGGGGCCAAGCCGGUCGGUUCUGGAUAAGGAGACUGCGCCGCCGCCGAUUCACCCGAUGGAGGAGAUUACGCGACCGUUACCGGCGGUGCCCAGAGCUGAUGGCUCUUCACACUUUUCAUGAGGCCAAGACUGGAGUUGGGGUGUGUGUGUUGUUACGAGACAUGAUGAGCGAAGUAGCUCUACCUUGAAGAGGACGGGGGCUGAAGGUUUGCCCCGGUGUGUAUUCUUGUACCUUCUUUUACCGUACAUUUCUUUUGUAUUGAUACCCACGACCGAAU